AUCAUCUUUCUGCGUCCGCAUCGUCUUUCGUGUGUUUCUGUGUUGAAGCGCUGAGGAGAGUAGCUAUCGGUGUCUCUUUUCAUCUUAUUUCGAAUCCUCAUCAGUUUUCUUUGGGGACAGAUCUACUACAUUUAAGCAACCGAGAGCAGAUUUUGUUUUCAGGAGGUAAGGAAGCACCAUGGACACCGUGUGGAAACAUUUCUGAGGGGACUGGUUAAGAGUUUAAAGCAAAGGAGAGAAUAGAACAUUUUAUAGCUAGCUUGUCAGCUCUGGCUUGCUAUCUAUCUGCAAGGGGGAGGGUAACGUUAACCCACUGGAAAAAGGAAGCAGAGCGUGAGAAAGACUGCAAACCAGCCAUCCUUAGUAGCUUCAAGCAAGCAGGGGUUGCCCGCUCUGUGUGAGAAUAGAGGCCCCGUUUGGUGGAUCGUACGACUAGCUUACUUUAGCUAGUACCUAGCUACCAGAGUCCACCCUGAGGUUCCCUGAACAGAGACGGGGAAGGACGUUCUGUCUGUGGGCCACUGUGACAAGCAGAAUCAAUGCCAAGCCCUUCUCCUCCUCGGACAGCCUAGCGAAGGUGCAGGAGGUCGCAAGCUGGCUUUUGGAAAUGAACUCGGAUCUGCUGGGGGGGGGCAGGCGGCGCCGGCCGGGGGGGUCGGCGCGCGCUAACGCCUCCUCGGCCCGGGCGCCCCGCGAGCCGGGGGAGGAGGGCGAGGAGGAGGAGCACAUGGACCGCGUGCUGGAGGAAGAGCAGCAGCAGCAGCAGCAGAGGCGGUCCGCGGCGGGGCCCGGGGCCAGCGACGGCCCAGAGGCGGCGGCGGCGGCGGCAUCGGCGGCGUCGGCACCCGGGGAGGGCGAGGCGAACGGGGAGAACGGGCCGGCGAAAGGGCCGCCGUGGGCGUGGCAGGCCGAGCGGAGGGACGAGGAGGACAACAACAACGAGGAGGACGAGCCCCCCGAGGGGCGGGACGAGGAGGAGGAAGAGGAGGACGAGGAGGGCGGAGAGGAGGACGAGGACGAGGAGGAGGAGGAGAUGGACCAGGACAGCGACGACUUCGAGCAUUCGGAGGAGAGCGGGCAGGAGGAGGAGGGCGAGGAGGGGGGCCGCCUCCACUCCCCCUCCCUCAGGAACAGCGUCUCCGACCCCAACCACAACAUGGAGGUGUCCUCCGAGCAGACUCCUCGAACCCCGGCCUCCCUCUUCAAAACUAAGAUGAAGAGAAAGCUGGACCAUGGCCCCGAGGUCCGGUCUUUCCCUUCAGGGAAGAAGCCCUGCAAAGGCUCGGAAUACCCAAGCCCUACGGGACUGGUUCCGUACCCGGCCACGCCCACCACGUUCGGGGACUUGAGGGCGGCCAACGGGCAGGGGCAGCAGAGGCGCCGCAUCACCUCCAUCCAGCCGCCGUCGGGGCUCCAGGAGUGGCUCCGCACGUUUCAGAGCUGGAGCGGUCCGGAGAAGCUCCUGGCGCUGGACGAGCUCAUCGACAGCUGCGAGCCCACACAGGUCAAGCACAUGAUGCAGGUGAUCGAGCCGCAGUUCCAGAGGGACUUCAUCUCCCUGCUGCCCAAAGAGCUGGCCCUGUACGUGCUGUCCUUCCUGGAACCCAAAGACCUGCUGCAGGCAGCCCAGACCUGCCGAUACUGGCGCAUCCUGGCCGAGGACAACCUGCUCUGGAGGGAGAAGUGCAGGGAGGAAGGUAUUAACGAGGCGCUCCACGUCAAGAGGAGGAAGGUGAUGAAACCGGGGUUCACCCACAGCCCCUGGAAGAGCGCCUACAUCAGGCAGCACCGGAUAGACACCAACUGGAGAAGAGGAGACCUCAAAUCCCCAAAGGUGCUCAAAGGUCACGACGACCACGUGAUCACCUGCCUGCAGUUCUGCGGCAACCGCAUCGUCAGCGGCUCGGACGACAACACGCUCAAGGUGUGGUCAGCCGUCACAGGCAAGUGUCUGAGGACGCUGGUGGGCCACACGGGCGGCGUCUGGUCGUCCCAGAUGAGGGACAGCAUCAUCAUCAGCGGCUCCACGGACCGGACGCUCAAGGUGUGGAACGCGGAGACGGGCGAAUGUAUCCACACCCUGUACGGGCAUACCUCAACGGUGCGAUGCAUGCACCUGCACGAGAAAAGGGUGGUGAGCGGGUCCCGGGACGCCACGCUGCGGGUCUGGGACAUCGAGACGGGCCAGUGUCUACACGUGCUGAUGGGCCACGUGGCGGCGGUGCGCUGCGUCCAGUACGACGGGCGCAGGGUGGUCAGCGGCGCCUACGACUUCAUGGUCAAAGUGUGGGACCCCGAGACCGAGACCUGCCUGCACACGCUUCAGGGGCACACCAACAGGGUCUACUCAUUACAGUUUGACGGGACCCACGUGGUGAGCGGGUCCCUGGACACGUCGAUCCGCGUCUGGGACGUGGAGACGGGGAACUGCAUCCACACGCUGACGGGGCACCAGUCGCUCACCAGCGGGAUGGAGCUGAAGGACAACAUCCUGGUCUCGGGCAACGCCGACUCCACCGUCAAGAUCUGGGACAUCAAGACGGGACAGUGCCUACAGACGCUGCAAGGUCCCCACAAACACCAGAGCGCUGUGACCUGCCUGCAGUUCAACAAGAACUUUGUGAUCACCAGCUCGGACGACGGGACGGUCAAGCUGUGGGACCUGAAAACGGGCGAGUUCAUCCGCAACCUGGUGACCCUGGAGAGCGGGGGCAGCGGGGGGGUGGUGUGGCGCAUCCGCGCCUCCAACACCAAGCUGGUGUGCGCCGUGGGCAGCCGCAACGGCACCGAGGAGACCAAGCUGCUCGUGCUGGACUUCGACGUGGACCUGAAGUGAGGGGGGAGGGGCAACGAGGAGGGGGGAGGGGGGCGGGGCGGAGGCGGCGCGGGGGCAGGGGGGUUGGUGGUGAAGGGGUUUUCGGCACAGCUCACCAAAUUAAGAUCUGACGGCGCUCCCCAUGCCCCCCACCGUGCCCUGCCGGUCCAUUCCACCCCAUACGCCCCCCAACCCCCUCUCCUGAUACACCCCCCCCCCCCCUUCCCCACGCAAGCCAGGUAAAGCCUGCAGUCUGCUGGGAAGGGGUGCAAGGGAAAAAUAAAAGGAGAGAACUGACAAAGGCAAAACUCACCAUGGAAACUCACCAUGGAAACGCACUCCAUGGAAACUCCUCGCUGAUUCCCCCUGUGGGUCGGGUAAUUUUGCAGAGACUUGCUCGCCCAAGCCUGACGUAACUGCCCAUAUGUAUAAAUACGUAAACAAGGCAACAAAUCUAUGGACUCUCCACUGUAUAAAUACGUUACAAAGGAAUGAAACAACAGUUGUUGACAAAUGGUAAAUGGUGUAAAGAAAAUGUUCCUCAGUUUUUAAGUGUUGAGUUUGGCUUCUUAUCGAGGGGAGAAAAAAAACACAGCAGUGUCAGUGGAAGCCUAGAGCUUGCUAGAAUUUCAAACCAGGAGGCAACUGCCUCAAUUCAGACAUUUUUUCUCCUUUUUUUUUUUUUUUUUUUUUUUUUUUGCCGGUUUCUGUCUUUUGUUUCCUGGUUUGAACUCAACAGAAAAGCAAACCGUACUGUGAAUUUUACUUUGUACGUUCGAUCCAUCGAAUUCAAAGUUUUUUUUUUUGUUUUUUUUUUGCCAACCGUUGCCAACAACAAUCACAGUCACAGUAUUAACUCCUUUCUUUCUCUCUCUACGUCUCUCCACGUUUUUGUUUUCUGUUCUUGUUCAAAGCUGAAUCUGGAAUUUAUGGAACUGGUAUGGGAGCUGGCCCAAACUUCCCGGAAGUGUGGCCGUUUGGAAGGGGAGCGCUCCGGGCAGCCUCCCAUCCCAGCUCUGUACUUCCGGUGGCCAAACUGUAUUUAUGCUGCUAAACGAAAAGGAAAAGUGGAAACUUUUUACGGCUGCGACGUUUUAGUCCCAGGCGAAAUUUCCAAAAUUGACUCUUAGUUUGGACUUUUUACAAAAACGAGAAACUCGACGAAUCGUAAGACUUUUUUUUCUUUUUCUUUUUUUUGCCACUGAAACUUGAGCCAAAAUGUGCCUCUACGAGGCGGAGAGGAGGAACGUUCCGGAGGAGCGGGGAACGGGUGUGCCUGGCGCGGGCGUGCCUGGUGCGGGCGCGCCUGACGCGGGCGUGCGGAUCUGUGUGUGGGGUGCGCGUGCGUUUUCCAGGCGACUCGUAAACACAUUCCUGAGGACAACGCUCCGUCUGCCUGCUCUGCGGGGGAAGCUACCCUGCCCUGAGGAUUGUGGGGGGAAUGGGAAAAAAAUCUCGAAAAUAAAAGUCUUUAAUUUAACGAAAUGUACAAAGGUUUCUGUUUACCCAUUUGAUUGGUUCAGAUGUUCAAGAAUGGCAUUCGAGUUAAAGCUGGACAUAAAAAAAAAAAUAAAACUGACAAAAAAACAUUUCGACUAGAAGCAGGUCUGUCUUAGUGUGACGAGUAUUAAGCUAUUAAACAUGUUACAGUGUUUUUGCUGUGAACUGACUUGUACAUGAACAGAGAUAGUUUGUGAACGGGACAACAAAACACCACAGGCAAAUAUUCUAAAACGUUUAAAGUGGCCAAACAGUAUACCUGGUUGCCAGGGGCUACCCGACUCAAGCUGAACUGUGAAAGUGGUAAAAGCACUGUAUAUUAAACAAUCUCCUUCCUCUGCUCUGUUAAUUUCCCUGUUAAUUUAUGAUCUGGUUUGAAAAAUCAGAUGUUGCAGGUUGUUUAAUUUUUUUUUUUCCAGUUCGUGUAACUGCCUGAUGUAACAGACAGGAAAAAAAACAAAGGGAUUGUGUCUAUUGUUUUGAGUCACUUAGAAUUUUUAUUUUCUUAUAACUUAAGUGCAAUAAAAUGUGGGUUUUUGUUUUCCAUUUCAAGCAUUUCGGUUGUCUGUGUUUGUCCGGCGUGCGAAAGUUCUCUUGUAUGUUCAAUAAAGCUUCUGCAGCGCA